AUGAGAUGCUUUCUAGCGCUUGUUUUGCUUCUUGUAGCAGCAACCGUUAAAGCAUACUCCGCAAUUCCUCAUCCUCUAGCUUAUGCCGCUUCAUUCUCCCUUAUCUCUCGCGAGCUGGACCUGAUCAACCUCGGAAACUGCUCUAUUGCCAAUGCAUAUCUCCCGUUAGCAGACACAAAGACCAAGCUACCAGAUCCCUCUAAGAAUCUCACUCUCAAAUAUGUUGCGUUGGGCCGUGGAACUCAGAACUACUCAUGCCCGACUUCGAAUGCUUCAUCAAACCUCAAAGCCACCGCAAAGCCUUUUGCUACCGGGGCUGCGGCCACUCUUUUCGAUGCCUCCUGUCUUGCCUCCAGCUCGGGCGCCAUCCUCCAUCAGCUGCCUGCAAUGAUGAGCAAUGUACCCCUUGGUAGCAUCGCUUUUAUGGCGGCUCUCCUAGGCCAGGGCACAAAAAGUACCGAUCUUAUCAUCGGCGAGCAUUAUUUCAACGCUGGCGGGGACCCAGUCUUUGAUUUAAGCUUGAGUGGCUCUCCAUCAUGGAUUGUUGCCAAAAAGGACGCAGCGGUCUCAGCUCCUGCGAGUGAACCAUCUGCUAACCAGACUGGCAAUGUUCCAUGGCUAAAACUUGGACACAAAGAUGGAUGUAAUAUUAAGGAAGUUUAUCGUGUUGUAACAUCUCAAGGAGACCCGCCGUCGACGUGCAUCGGUCAAGCUGCAACUAUUCAAGUUGCGUACGCCGCAGAAUAUUGGUUCUACGGAUGA